UUUGUGUUAAAUGAACACGCAAGCAAGUUUUAAACUAUCUUUUCUUCUUACUUUAUUUAGUAACUGUAUUCUUCGUAAACCCGUACACCUACCAUCAACGAAAAAAAACAAAAUUCACUUUGUUUCUGAGUAGCGUUCAAGAACCAAAUUAGACUAAAUAGCAUUCCGAUCACAAUAGUGAAUGAAUCCCAUGAGACCAUUUCAUGGUUGGACGCUUUGUUUUCGAGUAAUUUCUCAUUUUUCCUCCAUCCUUCCAUUCACAGUCACCUCCCGCAUUUUUUCUUAUAUAACAGUUAUAACAAUGCAUCCUUCUAAGUUUCGGGCAUAUGAUGCAGUGGUAGCAUGCUCGCUUUGCAUGCGAGUUGGCCUGGGUUCAAUCCCCAGUGUGUCCAUUUUCCUUUUUCAAAGGCCAUUUGAUCCAUUGUUUUUAUUAUGGAUUAUUUCUUUUUGCUGGGAAAAUAGAGGAACAGUAUAUAAAAAUUAAGCAGGAACCUAUCCAUUCUUAGCUUCGUCUACUGGUUCUACAAAUACAAUAUUAAAUAUACAUAUAUUUUGAGUGCUUAUUCUCAUCACGUUUCAGUAUUCCUUUUUCCAUACACACACUUUGACUUUGUCAGUUCUCUAUAUCAAGGCGUUGGACGUUCUUCUACUAUUUUUAGUUCUGUUUACCAUACCCUUGAUCCUAAUUGUUUCACAGACAAGAAGCAUCUCGUCAAAUUUAAGCUUAUCUUUAAGCUAGGUCAAAUAUUUAGCUUGUUUCCCCAUUCCGCAACGGUAUCGUUGCACCACCUUAUUUCAAACUUGCUUUCAACCACAACAGGAAGUAAAGCUCGAGGCAGACGACUUCUUUCCUUCUCAUUUAACGGUUAUAUUUUAGUUUCAGAGGAUUGACUACGCGAACCUUGCUCUUUUGACUUAAUAGAUAUUCUAAAUGUCAGACAAUUAUUCGUUUUCGUUGCGUAAAUACAAGCUUGUCUUUUUGGGAGAACAAUCCGUCGGCAAAACUUCUUUAAUAACCCGGUUUAUGUAUGACCAAUUUGACAAUACAUAUCAGGCUACAAUUGGGAUUGACUUUUUAAGUAAAACGAUGUACUUGGAAGACCGCACUGUUCGUCUACAACUUUGGGAUACCGCUGGCCAAGAAAGAUUUCGGUCUUUGAUUCCUUCAUAUAUUCGAGAUUCUUCUGUUGCUAUCAUUGUUUACGAUAUUACAAACCAUAAUUCCUUUGUGAAUACUGAAAAAUGGAUUGAAGAUGUUCGUGCUGAACGAGGUGACGAUGUAAUUAUUGUGCUUGUCGGCAAUAAAACAGAUUUGUCAGAUAAAAGGCAAGUUAGCCAAGAAGAAGGAGAAAAAAAAGCAAAUGAACUAAAAAUCAUGCAUAUGGAGACUAGUGCCAAAGCUGGUUAUAAUGUGAAACAACUUUUCCGAAAAAUUGCUCAAAUGCUUCCUGGAAUGGAGAAUGUUGAGACACAAAGUACCCAAUUAAUUGAUGUAAGUAUUCAACCAAACGAAAACGAAAGCGGAUGUAGUUGUUAAGUGAAAUUUUUGACCUUUUUUUUAUUUUCCCUCUCGCCUCUACGCCCAAAUACGUCAAAAAUGUUUCAUGAAUGUGUUUAAUGGAUUUUAUUACAUUUUUACAUAUCUCAUUUUAAGGUUGGCUUUGACAAUCUUUUCAUUGCUUUCAACAUUAUUUUGUCAGCGCACAGAUAUUUAAUGUACGAUACGAUGAGAAAACCCUGCCUUCUUUUCAAUGACUUUGAUGGUUUUUAUUUAAAUAUUCACCAACCUAACCUUUGUCUACAUCCCAAUUUCUGGUCAAGUACCUUCGUUUUUUUGCUUUAGGUUUCCUUUCACCGAUAUUUUCAGGAAAACUCUGGCUUUUCAUGAUUGUCUGAACCCGAUAGGAAAUUCCUUCCACCCCAAAGCCUUUUUUAUUUUUCUCUUUUUCCUAAAAAAAAAAAGGACCUUUCUCUUUUUUACUGAUUUUAUUUUCUAUGUAUUUUGUUUUUCUUUCCAUUACAUAGAAAAAUGUUAUGAUUAUGUACACUUUAAUAGUUUCGCCUGUUUUUUAUACUUAUCUAAUUAUCUUCCAUGAACAAUGAAACAGACAUUUGUAUAUAACAUGAAACACAAAUUAAUUAUAAAGUAACGCUAAACAAGGAAACCUUUUAAACAAAUUUUUUCUUCUAAAAUCCAAAAUAGGUGCGUCAAGUCUUGCGACCUUUCACUUUUUUCACAUGUAUAGAUAUAGAUUAUGGGUAAAUAUUUUGUUCAAGCACCCAAAAGGAAUUUCUCUGGCUGAAAAUCUUCUAAACUCAUUAAAAAUUCACACUGAUCAUCAACAAGUUCUUUUAAUUGAUCACGAAAAAGAUUGAGAAUCGCAGUAUCGGGAACCCAAAUGACAUGCAUACCGGCGGCCUUUGCACUCUUUACGCCAGGAACGCUGUCUUCGAAAGCAAUGCAAUCGCUAGGAGACAAUGCGGGGAGAUUUCUCUUUCUACGGUUUUGAUUAAUUAAGUUUAGAGCUUGAAGCCAGAUGUCAGGGUGGGGCUUUCCACGGUUAGGAGGAAUGCGAGGGUCAUCACCAGUAAUAACAUUGUCGCCGAAUUUGUCAAAGGCAUGACGAAGAUGAAAUAGGUUAGUCAUGGAAGGUUGAAAGGCUCGUUCGAAGAAAAAAAAAAAGAGUAACUUACUGCCAUAUCGAUGUUCUUUGUGUUUAAAAACUGGAGAAGAGCUUCAGCUCCUGGUAACAAGGUCAUGGAAGGCCAAAAUUUGGCCUGUAAAUGGGGAUUAGUUUAAGAAGGUAGAAAAGAAAACAAGAUGCGUACACGAAUGACUUGCUGCUCGUCAACAAAUUCUUGGUUUGUCAUGGGGAUCUUGGACCAGUUGAUUACAACUUCAGCAGCUUUUUCCCCGGGACGACCUGGAACAGGGUAAGCAAAGAAUAAUAGGACUAACGACCAUGACCAGCGAAAGCCAUCGCUUGAAACUGCUUACCCAUCAUUUGAGCCUUAAUGGAGAGAGGCAGCGGACCCUUGCCAUAACGUUCCAGUAAAUGAUCUGCAGGAGAUGUUAGUUUGAAUACCAUAUUGACAAAAUCCAUACUAGUAGUUUUGGUUAAGAUGGUUUCACUAUCGACAAGAAGGCCCUAUGGGUAGUAACGGUUAACUCCUGAAAAAACAAAUUACCAUCAAGCGAUAUUUAAGGGAAAAAAAACG